UUUCAUAAAUAUUGGAAACAAUAUUACAUCGGUUGUGCGGGUAACCGAUGUAGUAUUAGUUUUUAUUCAAAAACGUGCCUUUCCUUUCUUCUCUUUCGUUCCGAUUCUCUUUUCACUCACGACGCGCGUUUCUUCAGCACUGCAAGGCGAUAGAAUCAGUGCAGUUGGAGAACGGUAGGCCGAGCGCUAGCGAGGUCGCUGGCGGAAACGCGAUUCCGAGCUACGUCGUAGCGCCGAACGCGCAGAUUUGGGAUUUGGUUCACCGGAACAACACGCGUCUGAGAAUAUUCUCCAGCACCGCCAAUCCCGCACUUUCUCAGGUCGUGUUUUUUCUUGAACGAUUCGUUUUGUUUUUGGACAUCUGGAGUAGGAAAACUAGAGUUCGAAUAAGUCGUUGCCGCUCAACCCUAGCUCUAUGUCGCCGCUGCAUCGUGCUUCUUCCCCGCCACCAACGAAAAGGGUUUUUGUGUUUAGGUGUUGUGCGUUAAAGUGUGGUGGUGUAGGCAUUUUUUUCCGGUGAGUUUUCUGGUGUUUGUGGUUUGUUGGGGUCUAGGGUUUCUUUCAAGCCAAAAAACAGAGCACUGCAUCAUGGAAGGGCUUUCGAGGGCAUGGGUUUGCAAUUUUUCAUGAAAGAGAUCAUGCUAGGUCAGGAUUACACAGCAACACUACGUUUUUUGGUUGUCCUAGAGUGGUUGGUGAUGAUGAUGAGCAUUUUAAGGUAGAUGAUUUUCAUGAUGAUCUAGAAGAGAAACAUGAUGCUUGUCAUUUGCAGAUGACACAUAUACCAAGUCCUGGGAAGAUGGAUUAUCUUUUAUUAUGGAAUGGGACACAUACUCAACAACAUAGCUGCAACUUGUGGGUUCACAUAUUUAUUAUUUUUCUUAAUAGAUAUUGGACUUUCACCAAGGUGCAUUUGAUAUAUUUUUUUCUAUGUAUCAAUUGGUUUAACUAUUUUUUGUGUAAUUUCUUAUUGAUUGACAUAUUUGAUAUGUAUAUACCCUGCUAUAGAAAAUGAAAGGAGAAUGUCAUGAUUUCAGGUUUUGGUUUAGAAGCUAGAAGAACCUGUACUGUAUUUUAAAAAAAUAGUACAAGAUAUUACAUCGGUUCCCAUAAACAACCGAUGUAAUAUCUGUUUUAUCUAUUACAUCGGUUAUUCGACAAUCGAUGUAAUACGUCUUCACUUAUUACAUCGUCCGAUAUAACAUCGGUUAUAAAAUUGAUGUAAUAUGUCGAAAAAAAUCGAUGUAAUAUGCUAUUACUGUACUCUAAGCAAACUGCAAGACUAGUUGGAUGGAAUGAGUUUAUCCACUAAGAGAAAUAGUUUCUUUUACAAUUAUGCAUUAUGCAGAAUGAGAAUAAAAUAUGUUAGGAUUUGUGUUUGUUUUCGCGUUUGGUGGAAUUCUGUUAUAGGAUAGAUUUGCUUAUGUCUACUAUUGUAAGAAACAUUUGAAAGAGAGGAAAAUUUCAUAUUUACUCUACAUUGUCUUAUCUGGAGGGUGGUACCUCGAAAUACCAUUUCUUUUUCAUCCCCUAUCAUUUGGUGCUUUCAAUGGCUUCUCAAGCCUCCAUCGAUCUUCUGAUUGAGCAAUUGGCUCGCCUCAACAAGCAUAUCAAUGGCCUUUCUCAUGAUGUGGUCGCCCUCCAAACCAAACCAACCACCACCCUUACACCGUCCCCAUCACAUAAAGUCAUGCCCCCUAUUCGUCUCGAUUGUCCACAGUUUGAUAGGUCUAAUCCUUUGGAUUGGAUUUUUGCAGUAACCCGUUUUUUCGAAUAUUAUCAAAUUUUUGAAGUCGAAUGACUCGAACUCCUUCUUUCUACAUGGAUGAUCCAACACUCAGUUGGUUCCAAUGGAUGGAGCGCAAUAACAUGCUUCGCACCUGGCCAGAAUUUCUCCACUCCCUGGAAACACGAUUUGCCCCUUCUCAUUUUCACAACAUCAAAGGCCGCUUGUGCAAAUUAUCACAAACCAAUUAUGUUUUGCAGUACCUCACCAAAUUUGAGAGUCUUUCCAAUCGUAUCACCGAUGUUCCUCCAUUAUUCAUGCUUGAGUGUUUCAUUUCUGGCUUACGCCUAGACAUUCAACGCGAGGUUCUCGCCUUUCAACCUGUCACUUUCUCUGAAGCAGUGGAGUUGGCCAAACUGCAGGAAGACAAAUUUGGUUAUUCCCCAACCCCUUCCAAGACACUAUCCACCUCUACGUUCACAACGACGCACACACCAUUAUUACCCACACCAUCCUCAUUGGCACUCCCUUAUAAGUGUUUGUCCGCCUCCGACAUGCAAGCCCGAUGUGAUAAAGGCCUUUGCUACAAUUGUGAUGAUAAAUACAGUCCUGACCAUCAUUGUAAAUCACAUUUUUUCCUCCUAAUUCAUGAUGAUGAGGAACAACCCAUCUCGGAAACAUCACCCCCGGAGUCUCUCAAGCCAGAUGCUACGGGUUCUGCACAGUUGAGCCUGACUGCCCUUUCUGGCCAUUUCACCCAAAGAUGUUUCAUGUCACGUGUCAUAUUUUGACAAACCCGAUUCGGGUGUUGGUGGAUAGUGGAAGCUCUCACAUUUUUUU